AUGCCUCCUUCCAAGCGACGCAAGCUUAGCCCAGAGCCUGAGGAAACACAAGAUCGUUCAGAUGAUACUAGGGAAACACCUCAGACGAGACAAGAGCCGGACCGCGACGGGACUCUGGCAGCGUCACCUACAGUCGAAGAUCAGACAAACAAUGAUGUAGGGGACUCGACAUCAAAGCCUAAAGAAGGAGCUGCGGAUGGUACCUCGACUGCCACUACAGUCCCGACCAGCACAAAUGCACACCGACUCGCCCGUUUCGCGGCCCUCAAAUCCCGCGCGACCCAGUCCGCAAAGUCCAAUCUUGCCGAAGCCAAAGCAGAGGCCAACCGUGCGGCGAUGGAUCCAGCGUUGCUCGCCAAUUUGAACAGACGCUCAGCAAUCGCACAGCACAACCUUCUCAAGGCAGAUACGGAAGAAGAGGGCAAAGGGGCUUUCGAGCGCAAGCGAGCGUGGGACUACACCAUAGAGGAAAGCGAGAGAUGGGAUGAGAGGCAGGAACGGAAAAAGGCCGCACGAGACAACAACGCGUUUUCGGAUUGGAGCGACGAGGCUUCCCGGAUGUAUGAUCGCCAAAUCCGCGAGUUGGAGAAGAGUUCGUUGAAAGACGGUCACCGCAACCGUGAAGAAUACGAACGACAGAAAGCGGAAAUCAUUGAAAACGCCGCACGCACCGGAGGAUUGGAGAUUGUGGAAAUGGAGAAUGGCGAACUUGUUGCCAUCGAUAAGGACGGCCGGUUCUAUGCGGACCACGACAGUCUAGGAUUCGUGGAACAGAAGCCCAAACGGGAGAAUGUGGAUCGCUUGGUGAACGAUCUGAAGAAGGCAGAGGAAACGCGGUUCAAGAAACGAAGAGAAAGAGGACGCGACGUGGACGAAGGAGACGUCACAUAUAUCAAUGACAAGAACAAGCAAUUCAACCUCAAGCUGGCGAGGUUCUACGACCGGUAUACGAAGGACAUCAGGGAGAGUUUCGAGCGAGGAACAGCCAUGUGA